CGCUCCUCCUCCGGUGGCCGCCACCUCGCGCCUCUCUAGAUUCUAGACAGACACACUCGCAAUCGCCACGCCUCGAUCAUUUCCAGCGGAGGCGACGAUGGCGUCGGAGCCGGUGGCGCGGGCGGUGGCGGAGGAGCUGGCGCGCUGGGGCGGGAUGCGGCAGACCGGGGUCAGCCUGCGCUACAUGACCGAGUUCGGCGCCCGCCCCACCCACCGCAACCUCCUCCUCUCCGCGCAGUUCCUGCACAAGGAGCUCCCCAUCCGCAUCGCCAGGCGCGCGCUCGACCUCGAAUCCCUGCCCUUCGGACUCUCCAAAAAGCCAGCAGUGCUCAAGGUGAGGGAUUGGUACUUGGACUCGUUCCGUGACAUCCGCUACUUCCCCGAGGUGAGGAGCCAGGAAGAUGAGCUUGCAUUCACCCAGAUGAUCAAGAUGAUCAGGGUGCGGCACGCCAAUGUGGUGCCCACCAUGGCGCUGGGUGUGCAGCAGCUGAAGAAGGACAUGGGUGGUACCAAGGCUUUUCCCUCUGGAAUCGAGGAGAUCCAUCAGUUCCUUGAUCGUUUCUACAUGUCAAGGAUCGGGAUCCGCAUGUUGAUAGGGCAGCAUGUCGCUUUACAUGAUCCUGAUCCGGAGCCUGGCGUCAUAGGGCUCAUAAACACAAGAUUGUCCCCCAUGCAGGUGGCUCGACUUGCCAGUGAAGAUGCACGAGCUAUUUGCAUGCGAGAAUAUGGAUCAGCUCCUGACGUCGACAUAUACGGAGACCCAGAUUUUACAUUCCCAUACGUGAUUACACACCUACAUCUCAUGAUGUUUGAAUUGGUGAAGAAUUCCCUUCGUGCAGUACAAGAACGGUUUAUGGACUCUGAUAAGCAUGCACCUCCUGUUAGGAUCAUAGUUGCUGAUGGAGCAGAGGAUGUUACUAUCAAGAUUAGCGAUGAAGGUGGUGGAAUACCAAGAAGUGGCCUCCCAAGAAUUUUUACUUAUCUCUACAGUACGGCAGAACACCCACCUGAUCUAGAUGGCCAUAAUGAAGGAGUAACUAUGGCUGGGUAUGGUUGUGGGCUCCCGAUUAGUCGCCUUUAUGCUCGAUAUUUUGGUGGGGAUCUGCAGAUCAUUUCUAUGGAGGGAUAUGGAACUGAUGCUUAUCUCCACCUAUCACGGCUGGGAGAUUCAGAGGAGCCCUUGCCUUAAGAGAUUCAGAACGACCCGCUGUCUCAGUGAUCUAGUUCAGCUCUGAUACCACUAUUCCUGUUAUUAGGAUGAUGCAAUUGUUGUGCUGGUAUGCAAAUAUAGUUACCAAGGCCAGCCACCACUAUGUUUCAGCUGUUCUGCUCUAUUGGCUAUGGAGUGUCAUCAAAACUCAAUUUUUCUUACCGUCACUAGAAUUCUGCUAUCGUCACUGGAAUGACGUUGCAAAAGUACACAGAACCAAUCGUCGGUUGGAGAAUGUUAUGUGAAUCAUUUGUCUCCAUAGAAGAGCUGGUUUCGUCUACAA